CAUGCAUACAUACACACACACACACACAUACUCAUUCAACAACUUCAUUAUAUACGUUGUAAUUAACCAUAGGAUUAACAUUCAAAUAGGUUUUCGAAAGAAAAAAAAACAAAAAACAGGAUUUUCGAUGUGGAUAUAAAGCAGCCACGACCUACCUUACAAUCCACCAAUACCAUUUUUCUCUAUUAAACGAUUAAGAUCUGGCUCUACAGUUAUACCGAAAUUACCCAUGAAUUAACAUUUAAAACGUGGUAUUGUUUUUUUCUUUUUCUGACGAGUUAACAGCAACAAAGACAUUCAGCCGCCUUGAUGGUCCUUCAAUAAGGCCACAUCCACACGAAUCUGGGUUGGCUGACAUAACGAAAGUACCCGGAUGGACCCGUGGGAAACUACGUCAUUGUUCACCGCCGGACGCUCUUUGGAUUUUAGAAUGGAUGAACACAUUUAAAUUAAUCAUAAAUUUACAGAAAAUGAAUAAUGACCAUAGUUGACAAACCUCCAGAAAAACCUGACCCCGAGUCAGUGCGGUGCAAGCACUCCAGCUCCCUGACACCUUUCUCCACCAAAGACAUGGAGAGUAGCAGUUCGAGCUGGAGUAUUAGCCCUUCUGCACCUGAGCUUUCAAGGGCCAAGACUGCCUGCAUGGCUCCAACCAUUGGAGUGACUGUGAAUAGUAGUAAUAAUACGGCUCUUGACAGGCCCCGGGAGCAAGUGGUGAUGACCAGUGAGGAUGGCAUCGCUCUUCCUCAAAAGGUCCUCUUUUCCCCAGAGCGGCUCAGCUUGAAAUGGAACCAGGGUCACCGCAUUGGAGCAGGUCUCCAGAACCUGGGCAACACAUGUUUCCUAAAUUCUACCCUCCAAUGUCUGACCUACACUGCUCCCCUUGCCAACUUCAUGCUAACCAGGGAGCAUUCCAAAACAUGUCAUGAGCCUGGAUUUUGCAUGAUGUGUACCAUGCAAAAUCACAUCACUCAGGUGUUCGCCAACUCUGGAAACGCCAUCAAGCCCAUUGGAGUGCUUAAUGAACUGAAACGCAUUGGAAAGCAUUUCAGAUUUGGAAGUCAAGAAGAUGCCCAUGAAUUUUUGAGGUACACAGUGGAUGCUAUGCAAAAAUCCUGCCUGCCUGGAAACAAACUGGACAGGCAAACACAGGCAACCACUUUUGUACAUCAGAUAUUUGGGGGUUAUCUGAGAUCCCGAGUCAAAUGUUUGAAUUGCAAAGCAGUCUCUGACACAUUUGACCCUUAUCUGGAUAUUUCAUUAGAGAUUAAGACUGCUCAGACACUUACCAAGGCAUUUGAGCAAUUUGUUAAGCCUGAGCAACUUGAUGGGGAUAACGCUUACAAAUGCUCCAAAUGUAAGAAAAUGGUUACCGCCUCAAAGAGAUUUACCAUACAUCGCAGUUCUAAUGUCCUCACUGUCUCACUGAAGCGGUUCGCCAACUUCAACGGAGGAAAAAUUACAAAGGAUGUGAGAUACACAGAGUAUUUAGAUUUGCGUCCAUUCAUGUCCCAGUCUCAUGGGGAGCCGCAAAUCUAUACUCUGUAUGCUGUGCUGGUUCAUUCUGGCUUCAGUUGCCAUGCUGGACACUACUACUGCUAUGUAAAGGCAAGCAAUGGGCAGUGGUAUCAGAUGAACGAUUCAUCGGUGUCUCUUAACGAUAUAAGAACAGUGCUAAAUCAGCAAGCGUACUUGCUGUUCUACAUUAGGUCACCGGACUUAAAGAAUAGAAGUGACUAUAGUCAGAUGAACCAUACUCCUGGUCAGUCAUCUCCACGACCAUCCAUUCCACUCAAGAUGAAUGGACCUCAGUACACCUCCACAUCCUUUAUUGGCCCACAACUGCCACCUCAUAUGAUGAAGAACUCGUCAUACGUCAACGGGAAUGGGAAUGGAUCUUCAAAGGAAUACCAUAGUGGCUCAAAGCCCAACAGAAGCUUUUGCGGUGUGCCCAAAAUAGGCUCUGGCAUGUCCCUUCCAUCCUCAUCUGCGUCCUCGUCCUCUUCCACAUCUCUAUCCAACCAGACUGUUCGACCCAUGGGCAUUCCUGACUCAUCUAAGAGGCCGAAAUUGACAUUUCUCAUUGGUCAGGGUAAGCCUGUGAGACCUACUCAGACCCAGACGAACCCUAAUUGCUCUUCAUCUUCAGCCUCUCACUCUCAGCCCACCUCCUCCAGUAACUCAGCGACUACCUCAGGCUUCCAACAAGCAAAGCAGGUCAAUAGAACUCCCAUCAAUCAUACUGCAGCUACUUUCUUGGUUCCUUAUGGUCAGGAAUCCUCUGAGGAAUCUGACCAGGAGGCUGGAACUUUGGAGAAUGGAACUGCUACCAAUAUAACCAAUGGGAAUGGGGUAAAGGAUGACUUAAAAUCCCACAAUUCCAGCUCACUGCCUCUGCUUAUCUCUAAAACAAAUGGAUCCAAUGGCUUUACAGAGUUGCAUUUGAGUGAAAAUGAAUCUGGAUCUGCCCACAAAUCUCAUAAUGGCCAUCCCAAAGCCAAUGGUUUUAAUCACACUGAUGAGGUAAGGGGAGCACCAAAUUUUUCAUCUCAAACUAAUCUGUCUGAUAGUUUGGACUUGGAGUUCAGCUUUAAGCCUGGAAUCUGUGAAUCAAGCUCCAAACCACCAAGUUCGGAUGGCCAACAUAUUUCCUCACCCUCAAGCAAAAGUACAAACCAUCUCUCUGACUUUUUAGCCCAGUCUGCAACUUCAUCUAAUGCUUCUUUGGUCUCCAAGACUACGGACAAUGAACUUAGUGCCCAUGCAGCCUCAAAGAUUGAGUCGACUCAGAGCCGUGCCGCCCAUCUAGUGGUUGGCAUGUCAGACUUCCAGGCCAACCAUAGUCUGAGUCUCAAUGCAGGUGAUGGUCACACAAGUCCACAUAGGUUAAAGGAGACACCCGUGUGCAAUGAAGGGAAAGGCAAAGACUCAAAACCAUCAUACACAGGCAAGUUUGACUCCGGGGAUGGAAGGAGACCAGGUGACGACCAGAAUAGGCUUUUAGAACGGCCACAUUUUUCUUCUACCCUGAAGGACAGGGACAGGUACAGACACAAUAGGGAAUAUGAUGAAAGAAACAGGCACCGCUAUGGGCACAGUGGACACGGCCAUCGACUGGAAAAGGAGUGCCGUUAUGCCAGAGAGUGCUCCACCAGUAGAGAUCGUCAUCACCGAGAUCGUGAUGCCAAGCGCCACUGGGACCAAUUCACGCACCACCUUCGAAAGCACCACUACUCCCAAAGAAGAUUUAGAGAGGAACGUGAUUGGAGUAGAGAAUGGGAUAAUCGAGAUAGGAGAAUUGCAAGUGGUUAUGAUUCUCAUCAUCCCUCUGGACACCACAACAGGGAUGGCUUCUUCAGUCACUGCCAUCGUGGGGUGGAAAGUGGGCGUGGAAGAGAACUCCAUACUGUUCACGAGAACAGCUCAAGAGGUAAACCAUCGUCUCCACGUUCUGUCAGCCCGCUGCCUGAACGUAACAAGAGAAAACGUAGCCUAUCGCUUGACGUAAAAGAGAGCUCCGAUGAGUGCCGAGCCAAGAAACCCAAGAAGAAAAAGAAAAACAAAGAUAAACACAGACACUCAGACAAGGACCCUUCAGAGUGGAAUGAUGAGAGCAGCUCAAAGAAACUUAAAAAGAAGAAGAAAAAGAAGAGGAGGUGGGAUGAGGAGAGGCGAGAAGAACAUGAUUCUAGAUCUAGGAAUGGUACAGAGAGGGGAAGUCAUCACCGCAGCUCUGAGUCUCUUCAUAAUGUAAAGGACCAGCAACUCAAUGGACAUAAAGCUAAUGGCCUGAACUGUUGCAGUGGAAGUGAACCGGAUCUCUGUCGUACUGGGGUGGAGAAAGAUGUGAAAUACAAAGGCUGUAAACACGCUACUAGUGUGAACAGCUCAAAUAGAAAUGGAGAUGUGGACAAUGUCUACCACAGGGUUCUUUCAGAUGUUGAAGCAGUCACAAAUCCUCACAAAAGGGAAGGUGAUUUCUCCCCUACACCCAAGACUCUGAAAACCACCCAUGCAAACAUGUGAAAAAAAAUCUACAUAUACUGAGACCUGACAUGGUGCUGAACAUUUAGAACAUACUGUGUUUUACCACAGAAUACAUUUUAAAGUUGCAUUUUUUUAAGGCAAUGGAUUUUUUUAGUACACUGUACAGAAAUGAACUUUGAUCAUUUAAAAAAAAUUAUAUAUAAUAUUAAUAUAUGCGAUUAAAACAAAAGCCUGGAGCUUAACAUCAGAAUUGCUGCUCAGACGUAGACUCAGGAUUUUCUCACUUGGGAAGAUGAGACAAGUGCGCCCUUUAAGGAUACAAAUCUUGGAAUGAGAAGAACAUUUAUAUGCUGCAUUAACGGAGAAAGACUGCUUGUCUCUUUGCUUCAAGUUAUGAUGUCACCAUUUUCGCAUAUCGGUUGAGAGGACUGUCUCAAAAGGAGCUGACUUGGCUAUUGCUACAUGUGCACUUACAUCACCGUUAACCUGGACACACUUGAGGACAUAAGAUAUUUGCUUUUGCUGUCUCUUGUAUCUCUUUUUAGCAUCUCACUGUAUUAUUCACAUUCUGAAUUUCCUCAAUCAAACCUAUUUAGAAUGCAAGUUCAUUGUGUCUUUUGUUUUUUUAUUUUCGGUGUUUAGUUUUCUUGAAUCCACUUUGAUUUUAGUCAAGAUAAUACUGUGAAUUUAAGUUGAACUGUACUAUCAGUUGUUUGUUUUUUGGUCCUGUAUCAGGAGUUCAAUAGACCGUUUCUGUAAAGCCACUCAUAGACCAUGUUCUCUGGACAUAAGUUAAUGGGGUUUUUUUUUGUUUUUGUUUUUUUUUCUCCCCCAGCAAAAAAGACGGUUAUAUUCAACUUAUUUUACUGUAGCAUGUCAAAGUAAAUGUGUACAGUGUACAAUAUGUUGAGUGAGCAGAAACAGCCUUAAUGUCUGAAAUUGUAAUAUUUUCUCUCACUAUGUUUACAACAUUUUGUUGGAGUGAUUGAACAUGUAUGUGAUGAUGGGAUGUGUUUUGCUUUUGUAAAGGGUUGGCUUUCCUUUUUACAUAUAAAGAACAACUUUGAUUUGAUUUGUGCAGAAAAAUUAACAGUUAAUUGAUGAUGAUGUAUGGAUUCUUCAGGUUUAUUAUGGGGAAAAGCAUGUUUGGUUAUAGUAAGGUUACGUUGCAUAAGUUAGUCCUCCAUUUUUAUAUUCAUGAAAGGCAUGUGGAAAUCCUUAAGAUUGAAAAUUGAGAAACAUGGGGUGAUUAGGUGUCAUCGGUAUAGCUUUGUUAAGAGAAGUCAUGCAUUAGGGUGAAUUUGUAGGACCUUCUGUCUGGGUGAGAAAUAAACCAGGAAACUCUGACUUGGAAAUGCCAACUUGAAGGUAAGCAGUAUAUAGUUGACAGUGGAUGAUGUUCAAAGAUCCAGAGCGAUUAGUACUGAUUUAUGUAAGGAUGCUCUGCUUGGCUUGAGCACUUCAGUCACAGCAACGAGCACUUUCAUACAAGGGACCAGAUUUAAAGGUGGAUUAGAUGUUGGGGAUUGGGGGGGUGGGUGGGGUGAUUACAUUAUGCAAGUGUAUGACAAUAUCUAUCUCAAGGAACUUGGAAACAAGGAAGGUAUGUUUGAAAUGGGUUCAUAGUCACAAGUCCUGUUCACACUCGGGAGGCCUGAUCAAAGACCUGCUGUCUUGAGGUGCCUGAUUGGGAGAAACCUGAGAAAGCUUCAUGUACUUCAAUGCAGUUCUGCCCCAGAACAUCACUCCGGGUCUGGAAAGAUGACACCGGCUACCUGUUAAAUCCAAAGUGGCUUUCGUUGCAUUCAACCAUGAGAAAUGUGUUUCAUUUUUUCAUUGCUGUAAAAUCUUUACUGAAAAGCUCGAAAGAUUACAUACUCUGGAUGUCUAUUUUUAUUUUCGAAAAUAAUUUCAGAAAAUAAAAAAAUAGCUUUAGUGA